AUGAAAUGGAGUUGCUCUUCGGCAAAGGCGCUAGUCUAUGGCACCGUGGAAGACCAAACCCUGUUGAAUACGAAAGUUGAGAAAGUCAAGGCUCAGCACAAAGACCUUGGAGAAGCGGUGGGAGAGAAAUUUGGCAAAGUCUCUAGAAUCUCGGCAAAGGAGGAGACUCACGAGGUUCGAACCGAGGUUGCUUGA